UCAAGUCCCCGUGGACUCUGGUGGACACCAUGAACUACGUGGGGCAGCUGGCGGGCCAGGUGCUGGUGACAGUGAAGGAGCUGUACAAGGGGAUCAACCAGGCCACUCUGUCGGGCUGCAUCGACGUGAUCGUGGUCCGACAGCCCGAUGGGACGUUCCAGUGUUCCCCGUUCCACGUCCGCUUCGGAAAACUGGGGGUUCUGCGCUCCAGGGAGAAAGUAAUUGACAUAGAAAUCAACGGGGAACCUGCAGAGCUGCAUAUGAAGCUGGGAGACAAUGGAGAGGCCUUUUUUGUCCAGGAGACAGAGCAGCUCAACGAGAUUGUCCCGGCCCACUUGGUGACCUCACCCAUCCCGACUGAAGAGGCUCUGUUCAGGAGCCGAGAGCCCAGGUGUGGCGGGGAGAACGGUCCGCCUCUGAGUCCAGAAGACUCCGGAAACCUCCAACCCUGCUCCAACUCGGCUGGCAAGAAGAAGAGAAGACGCAGGAGGAAGCACAAGGCCGAGCCACGCAAGGAGGAGCAGAGCACGCCUGCAGGAGCGGAGCAGGAGCUGUGUGAGCUCAGCUCAGACGAGGAGCACAACUCGCACAGCGGAUGGGCAACUUCCCUCUCAGUGAUGAAGGACAACAUGGAGCACAGACAGCACUCCCCCCUCAGCGCCCUCGAGUGGGACAGCUACCCGUUCUCUGACGGAGACUGGUCGCCUUGCACUGCCAGGGAGAUGUCGGAGCCCAUGUCACCGAAGAGCGACUCUGAGCUGAUGGUGAAGCCGAUGGGGAGCAUGCUGAGGGCCGAGUCCCACAUGCAGUGGACCUGGGGAGAGUUUCCAGAAUCUACCAGGGUCAACAAAAAGGACAAAUCAGAGCCAAAGACGUUGACCAUCACUCCCUCUGAGAGCACACACUUCAGGGUCAUCUUGAGCCGAGAAGCCAUGGAGGAAAGAGACGGCGACAGAACCACGGAUCCCGUUUGCAGCAUCGUGAAGCCGGAGCCUCGGACCUUUAAGAUCAAUCAGUGCAGCUGCAAACCACAGCUGCCUGAAGCUUCCACACGCAAUACAAACAUUUCCAAGAACAAGCCAGAGCUUUCGGAUUUAAGGUCCAGCAGUUUUUCUUCUGAGCCACGUCCCACCGACUCUGACCUCACCCCGACGACCACACGCAGGACCAGGUGGACGUCUUCGCCACCCAGCCGCAGGGACAGCGGCUCUGCUGCCAGCGGAGGCAGCAACACCACCGGAGACUCAGCAGCUGUUUGUCCCGAUCCAAGAUCCUCUAAAUCCUCCGACUCCCCCGCCAAGAGGAGAGGUGUGAGGAAGAGGAGCCAACAUCAGGGGCCAGAAGAUAUUUACCUCGAUGACCUGAACGCACUUGAGCCUGAUGUUGUUGCACGUUACUUCCCAAAAAGUGAGUCUGAGCAGGUGGAGGCGGGGCGGCGCUCUGGAUCUCAGUCUCCUCAGUCUGUCGGCAGCGCAGCAGCAGACAGCGGCACCGAGUGUCUGUCUGACUCGGCUGGCGACCUCCCCGACGUCACGCUGUCGCUGUGUGGAGGCGUCGGAGAGAACUCAGAGAUCCCCAAAGAAAAAUUCAUGGAGCACAUCAUCACCUACAACGAUUUCGCAGAGAAUCCAGCAAUAAUCGACAAUCCCAAUCUGGUGGUUAGAAUAGCAAACAGGUAUUAUAACUGGACGCUGGCAGCCCCGCUGAUACUUAGUAUGCAGGCUUUUCAGAAGAACUUACCAAAGGCUACAGAGGAGGCCUGGGUGAAGGAGAAAAUGCCCAAAAAAUCUGGACGCUGGUGGUUCUGGAGGAAGAGCAGCGUGAAGCAGUUGUCAUCAGAGACAAAGUUGGAAAGACAGGAGAGCAGAGACAGCCCUGCCCUUCACCAGGCCCCAGAAACACAGCAGAAAGCAGCAGAGUGGUCGAGCGACGAUGAGACUAAAGAGCUGAGCGCCGUGGCACCUGCUCAAACAGCUACUGAGCACGUGCAGACUGAAGGCCCGGCACCGACGCCGUGUCACUCCUACAAGAAGUCCCUCCGCCUGUCGUCCAACCAGAUAGCGAGUCUGAAGCUCAGAGACGGCCCCAACGAUGUCACCUUCAGUAUCACCACUCAGUACCAGGGCACGUGUCGAUGCGAGGGCACCAUCUACCUCUGGAACUGGGACGACAAGGUCAUCAUCUCCGACAUCGACGGCACCAUCACCAAGUCAGAUGUGUUUGGUCAGAUUCUGCCUCAGCUCGGGAAAGACUGGACUCACCAGGGCAUCGCUAAGCUCUACCACUCAGUGCACGAGAAUGGAUACAAGUUCCUGUACUGCUCGGCUCGAGCGAUCGGCAUGGCUGACAUGACGCGAGGAUACCUGCACUGGGUGAACGACAGAGGGACGCUGCUGCCUCAGGGACCCCUCAUGCUCUCCCCCAGCAGCCUCUUCUCCGCCUUCCACAGAGAAAUCAUCGAGAAAAAGCCUGAGAAGUUCAAGAUCGAAUGCCUCACAGACAUCAAGAACCUGUUCUUCCCAAACACACAUCCCUUCUAUGCAGCGUUUGGAAACAGAGAAAAUGACGUGUUUGCCUACAAGCAAGUGGGCGUGCCCGUGUGUCGGAUAUUCACAGUGAAUCCCAAAGGGGAGUUAAUCCUCGAGCAAGCCAAAGGCAAUAAAACAUCAUACAGUCGGCUGAGUGAGCUGGUGGAGCACGUUUUCCCUUUACGGAGUUCACAACACAAUGCCACCUUCAGCUGCCCAGAGUUCAGCUCCUUCUGCUUCUGGAGACAGCCCAUCGCCGAGGUGUGUUUUGAAGAGCUGCUUUAACUCAAACUGAUGUUAAUUAUUUACCUCUGAACACCCAACAACCCACCAGCAGGAUUGAAAAGUAUGUUUUCUUUAAGAAAUUGCCAAAAAUACACAAUUUAUCAUUGAAAAAAAAGUGUGAGAACAGGAUUUCCGAAAAAGUAACCAAAACGAAGCGUAAAAUUGCAAUAUUUCAGUCAAAAUCCCUUUAUUCUACCUGUCUCAUUAAACAAUAAACCAUUCGGAAUAACUACUUGCUGUUAAAAACAUUAAAUUCUGCGCUUCUUUCUGCAACUGUCAAGCCACAAUUAAUUCUGCUGAGACGAACAGUCACACGACAAAAAUUACAUCAAAUUCAGACAGAACUGCAGGCUGCUUACACAGAGCCAAGAGGAGAGGACAGGAGAGGUGUAUAGUUCAAUAUGUUGGGACACUUGGGAGUACUUGGAGAAGUGUUUUAUAUAUAAAUUCCAUUUUAUUCCAAUUUUUAAAAAAAUAUUUAUUGGACAAAAUCAAUGUUUUUUUCUCUUUUAUUAUUAUUUAUGUCAUUAUAAUGGUGUUAUUCUGCACAAAAGACAUUUUUAGUUGUUCCCACUUCUAGCCAUGAUUGUGCUGAUUCCAUAGAGCUGCUGAUCAUAUAUAUUAUAUAUUUCAGUGAAAUAAAAGGCCACAGUAAGUAAAAUGAAAAACGAGCAAAAAAACGCCCUGAAACGGCUUGUUGGGGUUCAGAGGUUAAUCACUUGAAAUCAUUGUAACUCAGCAGUAACAGCUGUGUGCACUAACUUGCUGGAAUAAUUAUCUUAAAUACAUUCCACUUUAAGGAAAAAACUUUGGGAUAUGAAUGUAUUCCACAUUUCUUAACAUCAUCUUCUCAUCUCGGGGCUUAAUCCCUCCGUGCACUUGCAUUCUUGGUGCUUGAGCUCCACAGUUAGGAGGUGUAUCUGAAGGCGCCGUCAGCUUCUGGCAAGUACCAAAGCCAAAGUAUGACAUAUGAGUUAUUGUUUGGCUAUUUGCAUAGUUUCUCUGUUACAGUGCUUAUGAGAAAAUAUUCCCUCAGCUCUUAUUAAGGCAGUGGAGGUGCUUAAACUGGCCACUGUUCGGCAAAACAAAAACACCGACUGUGUUGCUUUCUCUCCCUGAAUUAUGAGCGAACAUAAAAAAAUACAAGGUGAUAUUUAUAGCAGAUAUGUUUUCAUCCCUACAAGGCCUUAUUCACUCCUGCAGCUUAGUGAUUUUGCACUGUUACGCUAUAAAGAAGAAAUGUGAAAUGAUUUGGCUCAGAGUUAUUAAUAAUAAAAAAGCACUUUCUGUACUGUAGAUACUGCUGCUGUUUGUAGCAGUGGUCAGUAAAUUUUCCAAAAUCAAGAUUUAGUUAGUUAGAAGAUUAUUUUUGAUGAGCUGAUCUUGGUUUUAUCAGUUUCACGCUCAGAAACAGCUGUAAGUAAAAACAAUUAAUGCAUUCUUUCUAUGAAAGUGAUGAACUUUGUGUGAAGAGAACACACAGUAUUUUUCUGGUUUUGUGGAGUCACAUUUUGACUUUUCAGUGAAGAAACUUUUGCUGCUGCUUCAGGUGAUUUCUGUAGAUUGUUGUGAUUACCUCUUAUGAUGCAACAUCGAAGCACAAAGUAUGUUAUGGAUGAAUGUUUGAAAAAAAAACUGUUGAUAUGUUGAAUUUAUUCAACUGUUUGAUCUGCUUUCUGUUUGUUUGUUUCUUUCUCAGAAAAUUAUUUAAAGUGAAGUAAGAACCCUGUGUACAGAUUAUAUUUACUAAAUGUAUUAAUAAACUGUUAAAUCAAAUGUUGGAUGACACGUUAAUAAAAGCAUAAACUGUG